UCACCAACAUCCAACGUGGCUGAAUUGAAGGAUCCUUUCAUUCAUUCCAUCCAUUACUUUCCGUACACAAAUAUCAUCAAUCAAUCCACCACCCACCAGAUCUACCGCCAAUUCUACCAGAUCUACCUCCAAAUCUUCCUAACUGUUCAUUCAAACAUAUCAAUCUCCUUCAUAUCAUAUAUAUUAUUAUCAUCAUGUGCACUACUUGUUGUUUGCGCUAGGGUUUGGUUUUCCGAUCAAUUUCACCGGACCGAUGGUGAUUAUCGGAGGACAUGGAGAUGCAGCGGCGAAACGGUGGCGGUAAUUACACGAAUCAGGCGUUAGAUCGGAUGGAAUCACCUUCGGUUUCGAAGGUGUUUUCCAAUGGUUCAUCUUCUUCUUCUUCUUCGUUGAAGAAUCCUGUUUCUGAUAGUUUAUCAUCUGGUGGUGGUUUGGGGUAUAUUGAACAUACGGUUACGAAAUUCGAUACGCUUGCUGGUGUCGCAAUAAAGUAUGGUGUUGAGGUGGCUGAUGUCAAAAGGAUGAACGGACUGACAACGGAUCUACAAAUGUUUUCCCGCAAGACGCUUCAUAUACCUCUUCCAGGAAGGCACCCGCCAUCUCCCAUUCUGUCAAAUGGAUACGAUAUUCACGGGCCAAAAAGGUCCGACAUGACACCACCGACCCGUAGACGUUCUGAUUUGCUUGACUCAAUCAAAUCCCUAAAAUUAUCAUCUUCUUCCCCACGAACCGUUUCACCAUCCAUGGAUGCUUUACGGGACUAUUACGGUCUUAAACCGACCAAUCCGAACGGUAUUGAUGAAAGAUCCAAUUUAGAACACGGGCCAAAUCAACUCCACUCUUCCGACCCACCACACGGUCUUCACAGAAAAUGUAAAAGCCUAGCAUGCGAGUUGACAGAAACAGGUGCCGUAAACGACGAAACAACAACAACGCCUGUCACAAAUGGUGAAAAGCCUGAUUCCGAUACAUGGUAUGACAACUUAAUGAGAAGGCGUAGAUCAGAAAUCGACCUCCAAAAUCCCACCCCGGAAACGAUGCUUAAACCGGAUACCACCAACACCACCACCGCUUUUUCACCUGCCGCCGGGAAAGGCUUAGCACUGAGACCAAAAGCCGCCAGCCGAACCACCAGUGAUGCCGACGGGCCGCAAAACAUGCCGCCUCCAAAACUAGGCGAUUCGGUGAUUUCCGACGGUUCUAAUGGAGUGAAAAAGUCUUCAAGCUCACCGAGCUUUCAAGAAUCAGACAGUAACGGUAAUGGCUCUACAUCCACGUCAUCGAUCUGGCCAACUUCCAUGUUGAAUUUGACGGCUGAUCUUCAAGCGCUGUCUACAGCUGCCAUUACGAGACCGAUAUUCGACGGUUUGCCGAAGCCAAUGAGCGGUCGGAAGAACAAAGCGGCUAUCGAUUAGUAACUUUACUUCUUUUUUACAUAUCAACAUAUCGAACACCUGAAUUGACGGGACAAAGGAAACAUAAAGAAAAUUAUAUAAUUUUUGUGACUAGAAUCAAGUAUACAUUUAGAUAGAAAAUUGAAUAUUAGGAAAUGUUUAGGGAAAUGCAGGGAGAGGAUUGUAUGGUGUUUAUAUGUUCUUAUUUAUGUUGACUAGUAGGAAAUGUUUAGGAUUGUGUAUCUUUGAAUUAUUUUGAAACCAAAAUGUUAAAUUUAUGAACAUAAAAUUCUUUA